AUGGCAAAUAAAAAUACAUCCGAUGUCUUGCAUUCCGUAGAAAAUGGAAUUUUGAAAAUUGUAUUAAAUAGACCAACAAAAAAAAAUGCCAUCAGUGCUUCUAUGUACAAAAUAGUGAUGCAUCUCUUAUAUGACUCUGUACAUGAUAGUAAUAUACAUGCAGUUGUUUUAACUGGAUCCGGAAACUAUUUUAGUAGUGGAAAUGACUUUUUGUCAUUUAUGACGAAUGGAGAUGAAGACACUCCUAAUAUCGAAAACUCAGUUGCUAUUUAUAAAAAUUUUGUAGAUACUUUAAUUACAUAUCCCAAGCUUUUAAUAGCUAUUGUAAAUGGUCCUGCAAUUGGAAUUGCAGUAACUAUACUACCAUUGUUUGAUAUGGUAUAUGCAUCAGAUAUGGCUUCCUUUCACACACCAUUUACUAAAUUGAGUCUUGUUGCCGAAGGAUGUUCUACCUACACAUUCCCUAAAAUACUGGGACAAUCUAAGGCUGGUGAUAUGUUGUAUUUAGGCUAUAAAAUGAAUGCUUUAGAAGCUAAGCUAUAUGGCUUUGUUAGUGAAGUAUAUAAACAUGAACACUUAAAUGAUGUAUGGUCAUAUCUGAACAAAUUAUCUACACUUUCAGCAGAGUCAAUAUUGGCCAUUAAACGUCUAGUAAAAAGAUGGAAUGAGAGGCUCUUAUUGGAAGUUAAUGAACAAGAGUCGAUUGAACUCAUAACAAGUGUAAAAUCACCUGACUUCGUGCAGAAAUUUAUGAGUACAAUGUCAAGUAGAAGUAAAAUUUAA